AUGGAAAAACAGAUAAACGUAACAACGCCAGUUACCACUGAUAAUAUGAUGCUUAUGAAUGCCGUCGCUACAGAUGCCAACGACAACACUACCUUUGAUUCAACUACCAUUAUCAGCGGCAACACUUCUAAUAACAGUAGCCAUAUAAAUAGUAAUAAUAAUGUUCUCAAUAUAAAUGCAUAUGUCGAUAAUUAUCACAGUGUCGAUAUUUCUAGCAAUGCCACUAAUAACAAUUGCGCCCACAAUUUUGAUGAUGAUGAUGAUGAAUAUGAGAGUUUUACCGUAUUAUCCUCUAUAUCUUCGAGCUCAACUCUUUCUACAGAAAUUUACAACACUAAUGUAACUUUUAACAAUGAUAGUAAUGCUUCUUUUUCAUAUUAUUAUGUUACAAGUACAAAUACGAGAUCACCAAGUAAUAGUUUUAGCAACAACAACAAUGCUAGUAUUAACAGAUCACCAUUUCAUAAUAUAAUAUCUUCAAGUGAAUCAACAAACAGUAAUCAUACUAGUGCAUCAUGCUCAAUUUCUGAUAUAGCGGAGGGGGAAAACAUUAUAAGUAAUAAGAUCUCUCACGAUCUUCUUACCAAUGAUAUUGCCGCCAAUAAUGACAACAAACUACUUUAUCAAAAAAGUUCCUCGAAUAUUAAUCUUUUUAAAAUUCUGUUUGGGUAUGAUUAUAAACAGGAAUUAUUUGAGUUAGUUUAUAAAUACAUAGAACUGAAAAAGAAGAGAAAUUUGUUGAACAAUGAAAAAUCUAAUAAUCCUAGUACUAUAUACAACAAGAGACAAGAUAUACCUUCUGUCUUUGGCAUACAUAAAGAUUUGAUUUUUCAAUUAGCGUUGGAAACACAAUAA